AUGACCAUCAUGAAGUCCAUCUCCUCCCUCGGCAACGUUGCCUCUGCCUCUGCCAUCAACAAGAACACCGUCUCAACAUCAGGUGCACUGGGUGCCUCCCAGUCUGCUAACACCAAUGCCGGUUUGACCCAAGUUGUUGGUGGUCUGGUUGUCGGUGUUGAGAACACUGUCAACGGUCUCCUGUUCGGCGUCCUUGGAGCUGUUGACGGUCUCCUCGGUGGUCUCGGCUUGUAA